UAGUAUCGGAUUCCGGCACUGCUGCCGACAUCAUUGAUUUGCCAAACACUCCCGAAGCCGAGGGAGUUAGUACUCGUGCCUCAUCUGCCGCCCGCCAGGAAGCGAUGUUUAAGGCUAUGCAGAAACGCAUCGCCACGCUUGAACGCAGUCUGAAGGUUGCCCAACAGAAAAUAAGAGAACACGAGUUAGCAAACGAAGCCCAACGCGCAGAUGCGCAAAGCAUAUCCAGUGCACCCAGCGACAGUUCCGCCAACGAAUCUGCCUUGCCGUCAUCGAGCCUGCCAAUGACACAGUUCCAGCUUCUUCAUCCGCAAUCGCCGAUCGUAACGAGUGCUGCUACCAAUGUAGAUGCUGUGCAGCCGCUGUUGCCACCUCAUAACGCUACACGUUGCCCGAUGUAUACCGCCACUCGUGUCUCGCCGCCCAUUUACACAUCUUCAACAAAUGGUUCAGCUGUAACAACAGCAAAUGGUAUGUACCCCAGCUCGACUUUACCUCCGCACGACGCGUUUCUUAACAGUCUUUCGUCAACGGUGCCAAUUCCUGCUAACGUAGGCUCCGUAUCUGCGCAGUUUUCAACUCAGCCAAGAAAAUUGCAAGAUUUGCCGGAGUUUAGUGGGAAGCCGGAGGACUGGCCGAUAUUUUUUACUGCUUACACCGAGUCAACCGCUGUCUAUGGGUACAGCUGUUUUGAAAACAACUUACGCCUGCAGAAGAGCUUAAGGGGUGAGGCCCGAGAGGCUAUUAAAUCGCUGCUUAUCCACCCGAACAAUGUGGGCAAUAUCAUCGAGCAACUUAGGUUCCGAUACGGUCGCCCGGAACAAUUAAUUCGAAGCCAGCUAGCCCAUGUUCGAGAAAUUGCUCCGAUAUCGGAAAGCUCAGUGGUAAAGUUGAUACCAUUUGCGACGAAGAUUGCCAACAUUUGUGCAUUUUUACGUUCUGCGUGUGGCGGAGAGCAGCAUUUAGCGAAUCCAACGCUUCUUGAUGAGCUCGUUGGAAAGUUACCCAUGAGCAAGCGUAUCGAAUGGGCAGUUUUUGCAUCGUCUUUGCAGCCUUAUGCAACGGUUCAGCAUUUCAGCGAUUGGCUUACUAAACUUGCCAAUGUCAUCUGCACGGUUUACGACGGGGAAACAGCGAGAGACUCGAAGCGCCGGGUUGUGCUGCACGCUGCCGAAUCACAACGCCAUCCAACUUGCCCUAUUUGUCAGGGCCAACAUAAGCCAGCCGACUGUAGCCAGUUCAGCCAACUUACAGUGCCGAAGAGGUGGGAAGAAGUGAAGCGACGCCAUCUCUGUUUCUCAUGUCUCAACGCUGGACAUGGGUCGCGCAAUUGCCAAAGGCGCAAACCAUGUGCCACCGACGGGUGCAAACGGUUUCAUCAUAAAUUGUUGCACGAAAUUGAAAAAACUAUCGACGGGUCAUCAAACCAGUCAUUGCCGCCUCGAGAUCGCAACAGACGUGUUUCCAUUGCCGAUCCACGUAAAACGAUUAGCACGCAGACGCAGCCAGCGUCGCGUAUUCAGUCGCAAGGCGAUACGGGUGUAGCAGUCCUUAGUUGCAGUGCAAACGUUGCCGAUAGCAAGUUGUUAUUUCGGAUUCUGCCGGUCGUGCUGUAUGGGAACCAGAAGCGCGUUGAGACGUACGCCCUUUUUGAUGAAGGUUCGUCAAUAACAAUGCUUGACAACGCACUAAUUGAAGAGCUCGGGUUACGUGGCCGGACUGAACGCUUAAACCUACAGUGGUUCGGAGGACGUGCCACCCAAGAGCCAGCCGUGGUGGUAGACUUACUAGUGAGUGGUGCCAAUAUGCAAAAGAGACAUAAACUACGAAGGGUUUAUGGUGUUUCAAACCUGCAGCUACCUUCUCAGAGCCUGAGUAAAGCCGAUUUGCGUUGCCAUGAAAAACAUUUAAAUAAGCUGGCAGUUCAGCCAUACGCGCAAGUCAAGCCAAAGCUGUUAAUCGGACUCGACCACUGCCACCUUGGUUUGCCGUCAACCACAAUGCAGCUAAACAAGUGUGGGCCGUUUGCCGCGAAUACUGAGUUGGGAUGGGUUGUGUUUGGACCAACAACCAACUCUUAUCCGACAUUGCCAUCAUGUUUAUUCGUUAACUUGAGUGCUAAGAUACUCAUGCGGGAGGUGUGGAAGCAUGACAUCCGGUGGGACGAACCAUUGCCAAACAACGUAAACGCCGCAUGGGAAUGCUGGCGUAAGCAACUUUCAACGGUCGCCGAAUAUGUCGUUCCUCGGUACUAUUUUCUAAACGGCAAACCUAAAGCUCUGCAGCUCCAUGUCUUCGUCGACGCUAGCGAGGAUGCCUUUGCUGCGGUGGCCUACUGGAGGUCAACCAAUGCCGUCGGUGAGGUGGAAGUCGCAUUUAUCUCCGCAAAAACCAAAUGCGCGCCGAUGAAGUCUUUGACGGUGCCUCGAUUGGAGCUUCAGGCAGCCGUGCUGGGUACGCGUUUAAUGAGCUGCGUCCGGGAGGAACACUCCUUGGACAUUGAUGACUGCAUCAUUUGGAGUGACUCCAAAACGGUAAUCCAGUGGCUUCGCAGCGAACAUCGGCGCUAUAAGCCAUUUGUGCAGCAUCGGAUCGCCGAGAUAUUAGCCCCAACUACUACCGCAAAUUGGAGAUGGCUACCUACCGAGGACAAUGUCGCCGAUGAGGCCACUCGAGCUAAUAACUUUAUCGACUUCAGCUCAUCUGCACGUUGGACCUGCGGCCCACCAUUUUUGUUACGAGAAGAGCAGGCUUGGCCGUCAGAGGGCUUCACAUGCAAUCAUCAUGAGGAAGCGGACAAGGAACUUUGCCCUAAAUUCGCCCUUGCGAUCCAAACUGGUGAGGACGACAGCAUGGGUCCUGAGAUUCAUUGA